GUUGCUUUACACUCCUCUCUCUCCUCCCUGCAGAUCCUGGCCAUCAUCUCCAUCCUCUUCAUCAUCCUCUCCACCAUCGCCCUCUCGCUCAACACGCUGCCGGAGCUCCAGGUGAUGGACGAGUUCAACCAGGCCAACGAUAACCCGCAGCUGGCCCACGUGGAGGCGGUGUGCAUCGCCUGGUUCACCAUGGAGUACCUGCUCCGCUUCCUCUCCUCGCCCAACAAGUGGAAGUUCUUCAAGGGCCCGCUGAACGUCAUCGACCUGCUGGCCAUCCUGCCCUACUACGUCACCAUCUUCCUGACCGAGUCCAACAAGAGCGUGCUGCAGUUCCAGAACGUGCGCCGUGUGGUGCAGAUCUUCCGCAUCAUGAGGAUCCUGAGGAUCCUGAAGCUGGCCCGCCACUCCACGGGCCUGCAGUCGCUGGGCUUCACGCUGAAGCGGAGCUACAACGAGCUGGGCCUGCUCAUCCUGUUCCUGGCCAUGGGCAUCAUGAUCUUCUCCAGCCUGGUGUUCUUCGCCGAGAAGGACGAGGACGCCACCAAGUUCACCAGCAUCCCCGCCUCCUUCUGGUGGGCCACCAUCACCAUGACCACCGUGGGCUACGGCGACAUCUACCCGCAGACGCUGCUGGGCAAGAUCGUGGGCGGGCUGUGCUGCAUCGCCGGCGUGCUGGUCAUCGCUCUGCCCAUCCCCAUCAUCGUCAACAACUUCUCCGAGUUCUACAAGGAGCAGAAGCGGCAGGAGAAGGCCAUCAAGAGGCGGGAGGCGCUGGAGCGCGCCAAGAGGAACGGCAGCAUCGUGUCCAUGAACCUCAAGGACGCCUUCGCCCGCAGCAUGGAGCUGAUGGACGUGGUGGUGGAGAAGGGCGGGGACAAGACCCCCACGGACAACCACCUGUCGCCCAGCCGCUGGGGGGGCUCGGCCAAGAGCGUCACGUCGGACGCCGCCCUCAAGUCCCCCGGGAAGCAGAGCCCCGGGCCCAUGGUGCUCACGCUACCUCACACCGUCAGCAUCACCGGCGCCGGCGGCCCCCAGGGCACCGCCCGCAGCCCCCAGCACUACAGGGGCAGCCCCCAGGGCACCGCCCGCAGCCCCCAGCACUACAGGGGCAGCCCCCAGCGCCUCAACGUCCAGAAGCUGGAGGAGAUGUACCACCAGAUGACCAAGUCGCAGUCCUACACCAACCUGAACACCACCAGCUCCGUGAGCACCCUGAGCACCUCCAUGACCGCCCUGCCGUCUCCGGGCAGGAAACCCAGCAGCCCCGACGGCGCCGUCAGAGAGGAGGUGGAGCUGGAGAUGAAGGAGGUGGAGCCCUCCUCCAUGGAGGGGUUAGACGACUACACGGAGGAUAUGAAGGAGGAGGGGGACGCCACGUUCCAGGACUCUCUCCCUGAGCUGGACCUCCUGAGCGCCAGCGGGGACCGGAACCCGCAGAGCUGCCUGCUCACGGACGCCGUCUCCGUCCCCGUCGGCUCGGGGGACCGACCUCACUCCGACAGCGGCCGCGGGGAGAGCUUCAACGACGCCGCCGAGAACAUCCGCAGAUCCCUCCGAGGCCACAACCCGCUCCACGCCAAAGGGUCGAGGGUGAACUCUGUGGAGACCCCCGCCGAAGGUCCGCCCACGCCCCCCAGCACCAUCUCCCCCGACAUCAGCUCCAGCUUCCUGGAGGACGUCUCCCCAGAGGAGGAAACCUCGCCGCUGAUCCCCAGGUCAGUGUCCCUGGCCCAGGAGGAGACCUGCUCCCUGUCCUCUGAGAGGCUAGUGGUGGACACGCCCCCGGGCGAGGACGACCCGUCGACGGAGAACCGACGGCAGCGCCUCAUGGCCGCGGUGGGAGGGGCCGUCCCCGGCACGCCGCUGUCGCCCAAGGCGGUGGCGGGGGCGGUGGCGGGGGCGGGCUCAGCGCCCCGCUACACCCGAGGCCGGCCGGGCGGCAGCCAGGAGGCGGAGUCCGACAACGGCGACCAAAGCACACACAAGGUGGAGAACCACGUGUUCAGCCCCGAGAUCCACCGGCUCCCCGGGGAGGGGGGGCGCUCCCCGGGGUGUGGAACCAGCAUGUGACGGUCGGAGGAGCGGUGAGGGGCCGCAGACCUCCUCGCCGCGGAGGACCUCCCCCGGCCGGCGUCGAGGAGCAGAAGAAGAAGACAGAGGGAAAAGGGCGCAGAUAUAGGGAAAGAUAUUUUUGCAUGGCAUGAAAAGCUCCCUUUUACCUGUGUUUUUUUUUUUGUGUGUCGCUGAACUUCAAACUGCUCUUUUAAACGCAGAUUCGGGAAUUACUUUGGGGACCGAAGUGAGGGCACUUUGAGGAAAACUAAAAUAUUAUUUAUCAAAUGAAGCAAACAAUGUGUCCGUCCCCCUCCCGGUGUACAUACUGAACUUCCUUUCUUCUUUUUCUAGCACCUGAGUCGAGUGCACACAGAGAGACUUAUCAGUACAAAGCAUGCCCUCAAAAAGACAUUUUACGGUGCUUAGUUUGCUGAAAGCGCUCCACUGUAAAUACUCUGAAAACCCAAGGAAAUUAUAUAAGUAACGUGCAGGAUGACUAAUGCAAAACACUGACAAGAGGGGGGAAGAGAAGAGACGAAGGUGCAUCGAGAGACCUCGGAUCGAGUGUUGCAUCGUAGCGAUAACAAAAAAAAAAUGACAUAUCAUUACAUUUUGUGGAAAUGCAAUGUGUUCCCAUGACGACCCUGUAAUGUUUUUCUGUGUGGAGAAACUGUGUAUGAAACUGUAAUGUUACCGUUAAGGCUUUUGGGUUUCAUAAUGACUUAAUCGUACGUUCUCUUUUUUUCUUUUUUUUAAUAUAUAUCUGAAACAUUUCAAGUGGGCACGAAGGACAAAACACAACAACUAUGCUACAGCACCAAUCUGUAGUUGCCAAAUACUUCAUAGAGAAAUAACUGUCAAAAGCUUCAGCUAACUAAUUAGACGGGUUGAGAGAUUGGGACAAGAUAUAAAACAUGAUGUCUUAUUCCUUGUUUCAUCUCCUGAAUCCAUCCAAGUCACUAAACAACGUUCUAUCUGACAACUGAUAUCUCACUGUAGUUUAUGAACAAUAUAUGAAGUAUGUAGACCUUUAUCAGAUGUAUAGAGGAUUUCUAUAGUCUGGCAUUUAAAUGACGUAAAACUGAAUAAGAAUACGUAGACCUAUAAUUAAGUACACUAGAUUUGGUCACUACCAUAAAGAUAGACUUUUAACUAGUAUUCCUUUUCGGCUUUUCAAAACAAUGCAACUGAGUAAAAAAAAGAGAAGAAUAGUAUAUUCUUGUGUGAUAUACACAGACCAAACUAAGUACAUUAUAAGGCUUCCAUCUAUUUAGCUUCUCACUAACUAUUAAAUGAACAUGUACUAUAAUACUAUUCUUUCGCUAUCGGGUGGUUUACCUGCACUGUAGUCCACAUCAUAAUCUCCUCCAAACUAUGAUGUCAUCGUAGACAUUUGAUCCAUACUACUGUGUUGUCGUUUUUCUAUUACUGAAGAGUCUUCGAGUUGUUAUUGUUUUCUCGUUGAACCAAGCUGAUUUGAGUCAAACUUAAACCCAAAGGUUUUCUUUUAAUUGUUUUCUUUGUCGCUUGUCCUUCCUCGUCCUCUUCUGUUUCUCACUGAACUUAUAUCCAUGUUUUGUGUUGCCUUUUAGGAUUCCAAUUUAUUGCUGGAAUAAGUGUUUAUCGUUUGAGCAUGGCACUUUGGCGGCGUGCAUUAGUGGUGUACAAGUAUGGCGUGCUUGAGAGGUUGUACAAAA